ACAUUUGCAAGGGGUUCUGUUGCUUACAACGUAGUUUCCCCUUCGUUGUCUACAGCUCUGGGUCUUGCUAUCCCUCUUUUGCAGCUGAGGAAACCGAGGCUCAGUGAAGGUUUUCUGUCCCCCUCCCAUCCCAGACUGGAUAGUUGUUCUCUUCGCUGUGUGCCUAUGCUGAGGUGGAGUCCUGAAAUCGCACUUACAGCGUUGGGUAGAAAACUUUGUGGGAGCUUGAAGAAAUCCGCAAAUGUGGAAUGAAAAACUUCCGUAACAUCCAGGUUGAUGAAGCUAAUUUAUUGACUUGGCAAGGGCUUAUUGUUCCUGACAACCCUCCAUAUGAUAAGGGGGCCUUCAGAAUCGAAAUCAACUUUCCAGCAGAGUACCCAUUCAAACCACCGAAGAUCACAUUUAAAACAAAGAUCUAUCACCCCAACAUCGAUGAAAAGGGACAGGUCUGUCUGCCAGUAAUUAGUGCUGAAAACUGGAAGCCAGCAACGAAAACUGACCAAGUAAUCCAGUCCCUCAUAGCACUGGUGAAUGACCCCCAGCCCGAGCACCCACUUCGGGCUGACCUAGCUGAAGAAUACUCUAAGGACCGUAAAAAAUUCUGUAAGAAUGCUGAAGAGUUUACAAAGAAAUAUGGGGAAAAGCGACCUGUGGACUAAAAUCUGCCGCAAUUGAUUCCAGCAAGUGUGAGCAGAGACCCCGAGCAGUGCAUUCAGACACCCCGCAAAGCAGGACUCUGUGGAAAAUUGACACGGGCCACCACCUGGCGUUUGCUUGUGGCAGUUACUAACUUUCUACAGUUUUCUUAAUCAAAAGUGGUCUUAGGUAACCUGUAAAGAAAGGAUUAAAAAUUUAAGAUGUUCUAGUUCUGCUUUCUUUGUUUUAAAAAUCACUGCUUCAAUCUCCUCUAAAAAAUGGUGUUUCUUUUCUUGUCCAAAUUUAUCCCAAAUCUUCAAUUUACAUUUAGACCUUAAGGUUUAAAAUAAAAGGUUGUGGUUCCCUCUCUUCCCGUGCCCUUACAACUCCCACUUUCUUGCAUUCAGUUUAUUUUUCAUUCAUUCACUUCCCCGGACCCAAGCCCUGCCUCCUCCACAAAGGAGAAGAGACAGCUCUGUCCUGUCUGGUGGCCUCUCUUCUCCAAUGUUGCACUGCCUAGUGUGGGAGUUCAUUCAAAUUCUUCUGGUUCCAAUUUAUAUCAUCCUUUUUUUUUUUUCUUUUUUUUUUUUAAUUAAAAAAUAAGCAAAUUACCACCACCACCAAAAAAAACAAAAAACUGUCAAAAGGGAAGCCCAGCUCUUAUGUAAAAAUCUGGCCAAUGUUACCAUUAUAACAUUGAUUAAAUGGCAACCCUGAUGUCUGUGUGUGUGACUGAACUCCAGCCUGGCCUGCUUGCGGAGACCCUGCAAUAUCAGGUCUGUGGCCACCCAGGGGAGGGCCUGCCAGCCAGAGGACACUGCACUUGUGUGAGGAAUUUCUCAUCAAAGAGGCUCCUUGAGGUCAAAGUUUGGCGUUCCUCCCUGCAGCCAUUUUAGAAGAAGUGCUGGUCAUUGCAGACAACGCUAAAGCCAGAAUGUCCAUUUGAAUUUCCACGCUCACCUGUCAGCAAGCUCCAUCCGAAUGUGCCACGGAGCCCUUUCUCCACCUCAGUGCAGCAGCCCCACCUCAGCCCUCCCUCAGCACGGUUUGACCCUUUGCGGGUUGGAAUUGGCAGGACUCCGCUAUAGCCAGCACCAGUCUGGGGUCACCAGUGCCCUGCUGGCCUCUUCCUUCGAAGCAGCUGGCCACGCCAGCCCAGGAGCAAGACGGCCUUCCCUCUCCCUCUGGACUCACAGCCUUUGCAGAGUCAAGCUCCACUUGAAGCUCACUCAACAAUAUCCUUUACAUGUGUUUUAUAUUGUUUUGACUGCCUUUUUUUGUAGAAAUAAAAAUUGACCAUAGAAUUUAUCCUCAGAUGAACUUGUAAGGAUUUGAAUAUUAAUGUUUUUUUCAAAGCAAGUGGGACUAUCCCUGAAAUAGAGAAUACGUGUCAUUCAUUGACACCCAGAGGAAGCCGAUGGUCCAAAUGCCAUGAGUCACCAACUCCACUUCUGCCAUUGGAGGCUUCCUUUCUUGGCCCUCUGGGGUACUAGAUUCUGUGGAGAAAUGACUUAAGAAAGAAACUUUGCUUUGUUUUAAUUUUAGUUCUAAAACUUGAGAUCUUUCCAGGGCUUGUGACCAGUGAGACAGCUGCUCAGAAAUGGGAGUGAUGGGUGGGUUUGGCAGCAUAACAUUGUUUGGUUGUCAAGCACGUGGCCCCUGUAUAGUGUGUCACUCAAGGGGCAGGCUCUGGAGACUCCCAUGUGCCCAGGAGAGCUGGGCCAGCAUUUCCUCAUCUAUCUCUUCAUUAGCAGAAAGGUGAUGAUGGACUUUAUUUCACUCACACACAGAUUUGUAACAAGAUGCCAAAUUCUGUCCAAAGCUAUUCAAAUAAGCCACCAUCGUUGCUUCUCUGAACCCAAAGUUAUUGCCAUUCUUGGGAACUGUCCCAUUGCUUCAUGUUUCUACCAGCAUAGUUCUGCCUGCCUGUCACCCCUCACUUCUCUGUUUACCACAGGAGGUACCUUUGUUAAAACUGGCAGCCUCUCAGGGGACUCUCAGCCCUGGCAUUGCACCCCAUGGUUUGUGCAGGUCAGGAGAGGCCUGGCCCUGGGAGAGCAAGGCCAUGGGUGGUCCCUCCUUUAGAACUUGGGUUGCGUGCUCCAUCCAGUCUAAAGCAGUUGUGGUGGGUGUUAGCUGAGCCCUUGGAGCAGGCUUUGAGCACCGUGGAGCCCUGGCAGCUCCACUGCCAACCAAGCUGGGUCCUCUGGGGAAGGGGAGAGUUGGUCAACACUGACCUGAGCCCACUCAGGAAUUACACACCUGCCUGAACCAAAACUAAGUGGGCCGGGUCCUCCCCCUCCUCCCUGCCCCUGCCCCCCAUGGCAGAGAAUAGUCUUUCUUUCUAAGAUGCUGCAAUCCCGUUCUGCUGCCCUUAAUAAAAA